ACAUGAUGCCUCUUUGCGAGUCAACUCUAGCUGAUAGAGGGGACAUCAAGCCGGGACAUUAAAGCUCCAUUGUGACCGGAUAAAGGUGUCCGUUUGGUGACAAAGGAGUGGGAAAAAAAAAAAAAGACAAAGAUUUUUUUUUUUUUUAAAUGUCGCCGCCGCUUCUUUGAAGGAGAGUGUCGCCACAGUCGCCGGACCACUCGUGUUUUUUUUUUAAUGGACACGCUUCCAACAGUGACCGUGGCGGCGGUUCGUUUGUGGCUCUUUAUCUCCUAACGGCUGCGAGGAAGCCCCGCGUGAGCCCGCGGCAGCACCGCUACUCCCCCCCAACACCUCCCACCCCCCGCUCGUCUGCCGUCGACAACAGCAUGGUCAUGGCUGACAGCGUCCACAAACCGCUGCUCCGGGGUCCCGUCCGUGUGGGCUUCUAUGACAUCGAGCGCACUUUAGGAAAGGGCAACUUUGCGGUCGUCAAACUGGCGCGACAUCGCAUAACCAAGACGGAGGUGGCCAUCAAGAUCAUCGACAAGACCCAGUUGGAUGCAGUCAACCUGGAGAAGAUCUACAGAGAAGUUCAGAUCAUGAAGAUGCUGGACCAUCCGCACAUCAUUAAGCUCUACCAGGUGAUGGAGACAAAGAACAUGCUUUACCUGGUCACGGAAUAUGCCAAGAAUGGGGAGAUCUUCGACUAUUUGGCGAAGCAUGGCCCUCUCAGCGAACUGGAGGCCAGAAGGAAGUUCUGGCAGAUACUGUCAGCGGUGGAAUACUGUCACAACCGCAACAUCGUCCACCGGGACUUGAAAGCAGAGAAUUUGCUGCUGGAUGGCCACAUGAACAUCAAAAUCGCAGACUUUGGCUUUGGCAACUUCUUCCAGCCUGGCAAGCCUCUGGCCACAUGGUGUGGAAGCCCCCCCUAUGCUGCUCCCGAGGUCUUUGAGGGCCAACAGUAUGAGGGCCCCCAGCUAGACAUCUGGAGUAUGGGAGUGGUGCUGUAUGUGUUAGUGUGUGGUGCCUUGCCCUUCGAUGGACCCACUUUGCCUGUGCUACGACAACGGGUCCUUGAAGGAAGGUUCCGCAUCCCCUACUUCAUGACCGAAGACUGCGAGCAUCUUAUCCGCAGGAUGUUGGUCCUGGACCCAUCAAAGCGACUCUCCGUAGCCCAGAUUAAAGAGCACAAGUGGAUGGCACUAGAUGUUCCAGUGCAGCGGCCCGUUCUGUACCAGCAGGCACCACCUGCUGAGGGCGAGGCAGGUGUGGGCGAGUACAGCGAGCAAGUCCUUCGCUUGAUGCACAGCCUUGGCAUUGACCAGCACAAGACUGUAGAGUCUCUGCAGAACAAAAGCUACAACCACUUUGCUGCCAUCUACUACUUGCUGGUGGAACGUCUCAAGGCCCAUCGCUGCAGCUUCCCGGUAGAUCAGAGGAUGGACGCACGUCAACGACGACCUAGCACAAUCGCUGAGCAGACCGUCGUCAAGUCGACCAGCGGUUUGCCGCAGGUGGGUCUGCUCCCGCAGGGGGUCCGUCUGCUUCGCUCCCCCGCGCUGCCUCAAGCUGCCUCUGAUGCGUUCACCUUUGCACAGCCAGCGUGUGCCCUGGAGCGGAAUUUCAUGGUUGAGGACGUCAACACUCCUAAAGUGAAUGGCUGCCUACUCGACCCCCUGCCUCCUCCCACAGUGCUCCGCAAGUCCUCCACCUCGUCGCCUAGCAACAUGAUGGAGACGUCGAUUGAUGAGGGCAUCGAGACCGAGGAGCCCGACACGGAGGAGGAUCCGCCCCACAUGCUCCUGGCCUAUCAGACGGCUCGCUUCGGGCAAAGGCGACACACCCUCUCUGAGGUCACCAACCAACCAGGGACCUCCAGCCAGGGUAAAUUUUUCGCCCUGGGUCAUCGACCCUCCAUGGGUAGCGUGGACUCUGACAUGGGCUAUGACAUGGGCUCCAUGCACAGCGACCUCAGCCUACUGGAGGACCCACCGUCACUCAGUGAGGUGGUCCUGGCCAAUAGCACGGCACCUGGUGUCCCGUCGUCGUCGUUCCUGAGCGGUCGGCCUGCCAACCCGGCAAUGGCCGCUCUAACCUCGCAGCACAGGGAGACGCACAACCGCUCGCCCAUCAGCUUCAGAGAAGGACGCCGAGCCUCCGACACCUCUCUCACACAAGGUUUAGUUGCCUUUCGACAGCACCUUCAGAAUCUGGCACGGACCAAAGGCAUCCUAGAGCUGAACAAAGUCCAGAUGCUGGUGGAGCAGAUGGGCGAAGGGGCCGCCAUGGGCCCACCAGGGCCCCAGCAUCACUUGCACAACCUCCUGGAGGGUGAGGCAUCCAAGGAACAGGAGGGCCCCACUUUGUACCAAGGUGGGCCACAGCCGCCUCUCCUUUCGCGCAGGCAGAGUUUGGAGACACAGUACCUCACCCAUCGUCUGCAGCAGACCAGUGUUUUGGCAAACAGUCCUGCAAGCUGCCAAAUGUUCUGUCAGGACUCUCCUAGAAGUUUAGAGCAGCAACUGCAAGAACACAGACUGAAUCAGAAGAGGAUGUACCUGCAGCAGUCCCAGGGUCUGGGCUUGCCGAUCUACUUCAACCAGAUGCAGAUCGCCGAAGGAUCCUACCCAGCUAGUGGCCCUCCUCUGGACCUAGCGGCUUCCCAGAACUCUCCCCAGGGGCCCCCGAUGGCAGCCCAGCCUCAAGCUCAGCAACCAGGCAGCCAACAUGCCUCGCCGUCGUACAGCCACCCCCACAGCCUGAGCCCCCUCAUGGAGCCAGGGGAGGGUCCUAUUUACGAUCCCUACAUGAGCCACCACCCAUACGUCCAGCACCUCCCCCCCGGCCCCCACCUGCAGCACCUCCACCACCACCACCACCAGCAGCCCCACGAAGGUUACCGCUACCCCAUAGAGCAGCAGGCUGCAGGCCUCGGACCCCAGUAUGAGUUCCCCUCGGACCUCGGCCUGCUCCCUGCCUCUGUCCCGGGGGAGGCGGGGGCUUGCUACGGGGGGCCAGACGGUGAGCAGGGCCAGCAGGAAGGUCUGGUUCUCUCCCAACUGCAGAGCCCGCUCUUGGAUAGCGAGAUGAUGGAGACGGUGGACUCUCAGCAUGGCUUUGUGUUGGUCAACUGAAACCUUGGCGCAGUAUUAGGAGAGCCCAACAUGUGGAGGCGCAGCAACAGGGAGGGCAAUGUGUUAGAAACUCCUAGAACACUUUCCUACCCAAAACCCUCUCUUAGCUCACCUCCCUUUUGUCCCGCCCACACGGAGCGAGGGACACGUGCGCCGCGACCGCCAGGAGUUUGCAGCGUUUGGAAGCCAGCGACAAGCAAAAGCACAAAAAAGGCCGGCAAAGUUUGAGUUUGUCAAACAGGACAGAAAGGUCGUCACGCGAAGGUCGCAGGUGCACAACACUAACAGGAAGUAUUGACAGGACGUGACUUGGAACUACUGAACUAACUGCUUACACUACUGAAAGGUGCGCGUGGACACCUGAGACAAGAUGGCGCUUGAUUUGUGUCCUCGGAUAAGACGACUGAAUAUUCUCCUCUCACCUGGCAAACACUGAUGCAAUAUUCCUCCUGAUUGGCUGUGGGACUGAUGACAUCACCAGGAGGGCGAGAUGUGAGUGGCGUUUUUGUUUUGCACAUGUCAGGAAGAUUGUCACAUGACUUUGGGAAUGUAACGAAGACAUCAUGUGAUCACUUUGGUGACGGACAGCAAAGGUGGCGGGGGGGAAAUCUUUUUGUUUUGAUUUGCUUUGCAGCACUCGGACUGAAGAAUCUUCCCUGCGAGCGCUGAAAGUCACAUGAUCUGUUGCUCCACGCUCAACGGAACGUUCUAGAAGGAGCGAGGGCAGCAAGUGUAGCAGCAGGUCAACACUUUCCACCUUUCUUUUUCUUCUGCUUACUUACACCAAGGAGUAUUAGGGCUACUCUAAAAACAGGCCAGAAAAAGUUGCAAUUUUACUUAAAUUCAAAUAUUUGUAAAAAAAAAUAUUUUUUUUUUAAAAAGUGAUUUUUUUUUGGUCUUAUAUCAACUUGAAAAUUAUGACUUUUUUAAUAACAUUCUCCUUGUAACGUUCCAUUUUUUUCAUUAGGACAAAGAAAAGUAACAAUCAUAAUUUUAGGAGAACGUAUUUUACAGCAAUAAUUUAAUUUUACAAGAAUAAAAUGUAACCAUAGAUAAUUGUUUUCCUCAUAAAAUGGCAAUUUUCUCGUACAAUCAUAACUACUCUUCUUUCUUCAAGUUGUGUCACAAGGAGAUUAAAGUCAUGAUUUUACGAGGAAAAAGUAACAUAUUUCCUGGAAUAAACAAAAAUAAUGUAGCAGUAGUAAUAUAUUUGUUUUAAAGGGGUCACAUUAUGAUUGUUAUCUACAUGUAAAAGACUUCCUUGUGGUCUACAUAACAUGUAAUGGUGGUUCUUUGGUCAAAAUGUUGCAUAGAUUAUGUUCUACAGACCAUCUUCAAGCCGCUUUGCAGGAUGCGCCAUUUUGUGGGCGGUCUUAUUUACGUGCCUCCACUUUGACUGUAUCCUCCCAGUCAGCCAUGUUGUAGUUUUUAGCGCUUUCAUAGCGAGUCAACUGACAGAUAUAAGUUUGAACUUAUACGCUACGUUGUAUUAGAAAUGACAACAGCAGAGGAUGCACGUGCAUGUACGAGCCAGUCUGCCCCAUAAGAGGACAGAGAAAAAGGAGGAGCUUAUUGACUACAGCGCAGGACUACAAUGGCAGACUUGUGCAAAGCACUUUGGGUAAAUUUCUACCUUUGUCACAAUUGGGACAAAUUCCAACUGGCGCGUUUGGAGGAAAUAUGAAGGAAGGCCAGAUUGUUUAUAAACAUUUCCGCCAUGCCUCCAUGGAUUGAUUUGAAAUUGUUCAGGACUUAUGCAGAUCCCAAAUACAACACAGGUACCAGCUGGAAAGAAAAGUUGGUUUUGCAUGAUAGGGCCCCUUUAAGACAUUUAAAAAAACCUAAUCUGGAAAGAUGACAUCUUACGGUUACGCCUCCUUGUAACAUGACAACUUUGUUUCCAGUCGGAAAGUGCCCGAUGAAAGUCGUAAUGUUACGAGAAAAAAGGAAUGUUCAAAAAUUAUUUGCAAUUUUACACGAAAAGUUCCAAUCAUGUAAGAGAAAACAUAUUUCAUAAAACUUUUUUUUUUUUUAAUCACUUUUUUUUACGAUAAAAUUGCAACGUUUUUUUCUAAAAUUGAAACCAAGAACUGCCCUGCGAUGAGGUGGCGACUUGUCCAGGGUGUACCCCGCCUUCCGCCCGAUUGUAGCUGAGAUAGGCUCCAGCAUUCCCCGCGACCCCGAAAGGGAUAAGCGGUAGAAAAUGGAUGGAUGGAUGGAAACCAAGAACUAUUCUCCUUUAGACAUUUAGACUUUUUCAUGACUUUAUUCUCAUUAUGAAUUCGUAAUGUUAACAGAAAAAGUUGAAAUUUUGUGAGAAAAAAGAGUAACUAAUUAAGGAAAUUACAACUUUUUUAAACUUCAGACUACAAAUGUAUGCUCUCAAAAUGGUGACCUUAUUAGUAGUAUUACUACUUUGUUCUCAUACAAUUUGGAUUGUUUUUCCUCCUAAAUAAUAUUCAGAUUUUACAUUCAAAGUAGAUCUUUUUUGGUGGUUUUCCUUUUAAAAAGGAUCAUUUGAAUCUACAUUUCAAAGACUUCCUGCUGGUCCAGAUAUGAAAUAUGUCCAGGAUAUGCUUUGGCACAGUCACUUUUAUCGCCCGUUUUUCUAAGUCUUGUAGACAUCAUGAAAAGUGUUUCCAGACUGCAAAUGAAACCACACCCUGCCCUCCCGAAAAGUAUGGGAAUGUAUCUUUUGAAAAUGUACACAGUUUAAAUGUAUAUCUUGAAGUCAUCACCGCUAGUUGAAAAUGAUAGACUUGAUAUAGAUUCACUCGGUCACAACAUUAGGUGCACUGGCUGAUUGACUCUGCAUUUAAAAAGAAAAAAAGCUGCUAUUAUGCCGGUGUUGUUAAGCACAUGCCACAUUUAUAUAAAAAUAAUACUCAAUCUUAAAACCAUCAUAGGUCACACCGUAAUAGUCCCUAUUUACAAAUAUUGUCUGUGGAUAAAAACACUUGGAGACGCUGAAUGUUUGCAACUAUCAACAUCAGAGAGAAAACUGCGUGUAUUUUCUUACCCUGAUGAUGAUUUGUCAUUUUUCGCCAUCCAAGUGUCAAAUCCACCAUGUGAAAGUGGUACAGGUGGUAGGUGAAAGAACCUACCACAAUCAACUCAUUGGAUGUUUUGUAUCCAGUGUGCCUUUUUACUUGUCACACUGUCUUGAAAAUCUAGUCAGUUGUACUUCCUGCUUUUAGUUUUGCCCGCUCCAAAGUGACUAAAGCCUUUUUUCUUUCUUUUCUUACAAAAGGUACAGAAACCAAAGUCCCUCAGACGUUUACUAGUACGAGCCAACACCACUUUCUCUUUCUUUCACUGAACCUUUUUUUUAUUUGCAAUAUUUGGCUUCGUGUCGGCACGCGUCAAAAGUAUUCUAGCAAUAUUUGUGUCAAAGUGAGACUGAAAGUAGUACAAGUAGUAGUGGAGGAGGAUGUGAUUCUUAGUACUUAUUACAUUGCACACACACACACACACACACACACACACACACACACACACACACACACACACACACACACACACCUGCUGACAAAACAAGAAGAGAUAGAAUUUUAUAUUUACCCUCAUUGUUGUCAACCACACAUAAGCUAACUUGCUGUUGAGAUUAAAAAGGUUUAUUGAACAAA